AGCUGCAAAAUGUAAAUAAACAGAUGUGCAUUUUUUUUCGCAAUUUAUCUACGAAAAGCAUGGCUAAUGAAUUUGAUGAUUUAUUUGAAAAUUUUGUAUCAACUCAUGAACAACAACUGAAGAAACUUGCAAUCCCGCAGAGCAAGUGGAAGCAUUUAUUCAAGAAAUUAAAUCUAUCGUCAUUUGAUGCUGGAAAUGAUUUUAUUUAUUCUCAAGUUUCAGAUGAUGAUGAAAAUUCUGAAGAAGAGGGUGGUCAACUAAGGGUGUUUACUAAAUAUUCUAUGGAUCCUGAUGACGAUGACCACAUAUAUUUAAUUGAUCAUGCCUUCACAUACACACUAAACAUUGCAAGGACAGUUUUGGCUGGAUUGGAGAAUUUACUUGAUAGAAUGUGUAACAUCAUGAAUGUAUCUCAAGAAAAUUUAUCAAAAGAAGAAAAAAUCAAUAUUGUACUUAGUAAAAUGUGGAAGUUCAACAACUCAUAUGUUGUGAAGAACUCAGAACAAGAUGAGUCUUUUGUUAGGUGGUGGUAUAUAAUGGAUGAGUUUGGAUCUGCUAUCAGACACUCAGAAGAACCUAAUUUUAUAAUAGUACCCUUUUUUUAUGCACCAGACAGUGUGACAUAUUCACUUCUUUUUCCAAAAGUUUCUGUUCUAGAAGGAGAGGAAGUUACUUGUUGCUAUCCACGAUUUCAAAUGUCGAUGUUGGAUGAAAUGAAAGCAGUAUUGAAAUAUCCCUGGGAAAAGUGUGACUUAUCAUAUAUAGAUUUCAACCAAACUGAACCAGAUUUUGAAUACUUGACAUCUGGUCGCGUUGUUGAAGAGCUACCUGACAUUGGCAUCGAAAUUCCAAAUCUAUUGGAUAUUAAGAAAAUUAAAGUGUAUACUGACUAUCCUGAAGUUUCUGAAUUUUUAACAAUUCCUCGAUUUUAUUUCACAAAUGAAAAAAGUGAAGCUCAUAUACUCUGGUUAGCUGGACGGGUAUAUGAUUAUAGACAACUAGCAGAGUCAUCUUCUAAUUCCUUCUAUGUCAACCAGUUUCCUUCAGAACAAGUUCUUAUAAACAAGGAUUUAUUGGCCAUAGUAUGUCGAAGGUCUGCCGAGGGUGCGAGCUUUGAUCCAUUUUCCAUGGAAUCAUUUCCUACGUGGUUACCAACUACUUUCAGUUUAUUAACAGAGUUACCCAAAUUUGUAUCGUAUUUCCAAAAUCGUGAAAAAAGGAAUUUAGAUAACACAUGGAUAUGCAAGCCGUUCAACUUAGCCAGAGGUUUAGACAUUUACGUAACUGAUAACCUAGAUCAAAUAAUUCGUCUCACAGAAAUCAGACCUAUGGUGGCUUGUAAAUACAUAAGUGAUCCAGUUUUGUUCCCACGAGAAAACAAAGGUUUAGUCAAAAUGGAUUUAAGAUUUAUUGUUCUAUUAAAAAGUAUUCAAAAUUUUGAGCUCUUUGUUUAUAAGAGGUUUUGGCUACGAUUUGCUAACAAGCCUUUCUCUUUGGAUAACUUUGAAGAUUAUGAAAAACAUUUCACAGUGAUGAACUACAGUGAAUUUCCUUUACAACAAAUGUUUUGCCAUGACUUUAUUGAAAGAUUUGAAAAUCAUUACAGCUGCUAUAAGUGGAAUGAUAUUGAAGCUGAUAUUUAUAAAAUGAUUAAAGAAAUCUUUAUUGCUGCUGCAAUGAAAGAACAUCCUGCUGGUAUAGGAGCAUACAAUGGAUCCCGUGCAAUGUAUGGUUUAGAUAUUAUGCUGGAAUGGGAUAGAAGUGGAGAGGUACCAACAAUUAGGCCUGUGAUUUUGGAAGUAAAUUGGAUGCCCGACUGCAAAAGAGCUUGUCAAUAUUACCCAGAAUUCUAUGACGAUGUAUUUAGCGUUCUGUUUCUUGAUGAAACAGCUGGUAAAAACGUUGUGCAAUUGUAAAAGAAAUAAAACAUAAUAUUUUGUAAA